AUGGCUCCAACGCUCCACCUAGACUUCCACUACGACAUUUCCUGCCCCUUCGCCUACAUCGCAUCCCUCCGCCUGCCCUUCCUUCAACGCCGACAUCCAGACCUGGUCAUCGCUUACCGCCCCGUCCUUCUCGGGGCGCUAUACCGGGCCACUUCCGCGCCACAGGGCGCCGCCGGCUCUGCCUCCGACACGUUCAACCCGACCAAGCGCAACGUUACGUCUGCGGCUUUUGCGCGCACUCUGCGUCGUCUGGGAGUGCCGCAUCGACAACCCCCGAAGCAUCCUCUCAAGACGACCAGAGCACUGAGGUUGCUCUACUGCGUGCAGGGAUCGGAGAGGGUGGCAUUGACAGCGGGGUUGUAUCGAGCCUAUUGGGUCGAGGGCCAGGAUGUCGGUGACGUUGAAGUACUGCAGGAUGUGGUCAAGCGGUGUGAAGGCCUAAGUGCAGGAACAAAGGGAGCAGUGACCGGACUGCUUGAGACGGGCGAUUUCGAAGGUACGGAGCAGAGACGAGAACUGCAGGACACGACGGACUUGGCGCUGCAGAGGGGAGCUUUUGGUGUGCCGGCGCUUUGGGUACUGGAGGAGAAAAGGCUGUACUGGGGGCAAGACCGGAUGCAUUUUGUGGACAAAGCCCUGUAUGCACUGGAGAAGCAAGGAAGUGAGAGUCUAGCGUUGGAGGCUUUCAUGCCUCGAUCCGUGCCUGUGACAAAAAGAGCCGUGCCCGAUGGCGAAGAGGUGAAGCUGGAAUUUUGGUACGACUUUAGCAGCCCAUGGGCAUUCUUGGGUUGGACUCAGCUGGCGAGAGUGCAGCGGGCUUGUGGCCCGAGGCUGAAGAUAGUGAUGAAGCCAUUUUUGCUGGGUAUCCUGUUCAGAGAAAUUGGCGCCCCGAACCUGCCAAUGGCUACAGUGUCCGAAGCCAAGCGCAAGUACCAACAGCUGGAUCACAAUGACUGGUGUCAGUGGUGGAACGACAUCAAUCGACAGAACGGCCUCCCUGACAAAGAGAUCAGCUUCCACUGGGCAGACAUUUUUCCCAUACGCACGCCUGCAGUCCUGAGGGCUGUGCUCGUCGAGCCGAAACUGGUCGACGUAUUAUUCAGAGGGUGUUGGGAACGCAAUCUGGAUAUGGCUUCCGAUAAAGUCCUUCACUCUGUGAUUGCCGAAGCAGGCUAUGAUGCCGACAGUGUCCUAGCUUGCGCUAACAGUGCAGAAGUGAAGCAGAAACUCAGAGACCUGACGAAGGAAGCCAAAAACAUUGGCCUCUGCGGGGUACCAAGCUAUCGAGUCUUCAGACGGACAAUCGGAGACGACGAGCAGUCUUGGAAGCUUAGCAGUGACACUAUCUGGGGUCAAGACGAAAUAGCCGUGGUGGAGGACCUGAUCUCGGGCUGGGAUGGAAAAAGCAGAGCGUUUGAGGCUGGGGCACAAGAAGAGUCUCGGAGAGGUAAUGCCAAGCUGUAA